CGUUUCACUGAAGAGAACUUUGCUACACUGAUUGCCUUUAUCUUCAUAUACAAGGCUAUUGAGAAAGUGAUCAAGAUUGGCUCGAAGUAUCCAAUGGAGACUCAUGUUGAUACCCCAAAAACAUGCAUGUGUACUCUUGGGAAUGAAACUGAAUAUGUUAAUUCAACCUAUCCAUGGUACAAUGCUACGGAAGAAGAUUGCGUUAUGCUCUAUGAAGGAAAGAUGAUGGGCACUGGCUGCAAGCCCUUUUAUCCAGAUGUUUACUUGCUCUCCUUCAUCCUCUUCUUUGGAACUUUCCUUAUCUCGGUGUACUUGAAGGACUUCAAGACUGCUUCCUUCUUCCCAACCAAGGUCCGACAGUUCAUCAGUGAUUUUGCUGUUAUCAUAGCUAUCCUUACCAUGAGCUUCUUCGACUUUGUAGUUGGCAUUCACACCCCAAAAUUGGAAGUCCCAGAAGAGUUCAAACCCACCUUGGAUGGUCGUACUUGGCUUAUCCCACUUUUCAAUGGAAACCCAUGGUGGUCUUCCAUUGUUGCUGUAGUGCCAGCUCUCCUGGCCACCAUUUUGAUCUUCAUGGACCAGCAGAUCACAGCUGUUAUUGUGAACAGAAAGGAGCAUAAACUCAAGAAGGGUGGUGGAUACCAUCUUGAUCUAUUUGUCCUUGCCAUCCUCCUCAUCGUUAAUUCCAUUAUGGGCCUGCCAUGGUUUGUGGCUGCUACUGUGUUAUCAAUCAACCAUGUCAACUCUCUCAAACUGGAGUCUGAGUGUGCAGCUCCUGGGGAGAAACCAAAGUUCCUUGGUGUCAGGGAAAACCGUAUCACCCACAUCGCCAUCUUUGCAUUCAUUGGAUUGUCUGUGGUCAUGACUCCAGUCCUCAAGAAGAUCCCUAUGCCUGUACUAUUUGGUGUCUUUCUGUACAUGGGUAUUGCUGCCCUGAAAGGCCUGCAGUUCUUUGAUCGUAUCCUUAUCAUGUUCAUGCCUGUCAAGUACCAGCCAGACUACUCUUUCUUACGUAAGGUUCCCCUCAAAAAAGUACACUUGUUCACUCUUAUCCAGCUGGGUUGUCUGAUUGCUCUGUGGGUAAUUAAAUCUUUCAGUCAGACUUCUAUCUUCUUCCCACUCAUGUUGGUGGUGAUGAUUGGUAUCCGCAAGUGUUUGGACUGGAUCUUCACCCAGCGUGAGCUCAAGAUCUUGGAUGACACCCUGCCUGAAUUCAGCCGCAAGAAGAGGAUGGAAAAAGAAGAGGAGAGCAACACAGAGGAAUCUGAGGAAGACAAGAAGGCUGGUGUCCAUUCAAGUGAGGGCAUGAUGACCAUUCCCCUGGCUAACGGCAAUGUCAUGAAGGUGCCCAUGAACCCCAUCAACAUAUCUGAGGAAAUGAACAAGAGUGGAGUGUGGAUGGACAUCAAUCAAGACCAGGAGAAGCAUAACAAGGCCAACUCACCUACAAAGAACAAUGGGGACAGGAGCCGUGACAGCUGUAAGCGUUGCCAUCGCCGUAAGAAGAGCCGAAAUAAUGAUGGAUCCAAUGAUGAGGCCAAAGAGCCAACUAAGGAUGUGGAAAAGAAUGGCAGCAUAAAGUGUCACAGUGACACAGAAAAUGAUUCCGCUAUGAAAGACACUUUGGAAUUAGAGAAUGAAUCUUGCCAUUUCACAAAGAAACGUGGAACGAAAAAGGAUGCUCUGAAUGAGGAGGAGAAGAAGAGGCUAAGCAUGAUGGCAGAAGAGGAAGAGGAGGACGAAGGGAUUACGAUCAAGGUGACGAAGUCGUAAAUUGUCACACUGUCAGCCAAUUAUCAUUUCGUUAUUUGAUUUUCUUUUUUUAUUUUCUAUCUUGUGUUCCUUUUUUCGAAAAAAUCAUGAUUCCCUUGAGCCUUAGUUGAAGACACAAGCAAGGUAGAUCAGCUUCAUGGAGCCACCAGGUACCAGUCUGAAAGGCCUGAUGUGGUUGUAUUGAUUUUAAAGAUAUGAAUUAUAUUUUUAAGACAGAAAUAAUAAAUAUUUGUAAAGUCAUAAUAGAGGCAUCCAUUAGCUGAUCUAGUCACAUAUGCAGUUGUAAGACACCUUGCUAUAUGUUGGUAUGGCUGUACCUGGACCACAUAUAAAGAAUCCUUUAUGUUAAGGAUUAAAUGUAGCAGUUCAUACUGCUUUAGAGGGUUUGAAUAUUUAUUAUCUUAAAGACUUACUAAUAUCCUGAUAAGAAAUAUUUACAAUAAGGAGUAACAGAUAUGCACCAUGUUUGUGUGAAAGUAUAAUUCCCCUAUAUUUUAAUGUGAUAAGAAGAGAUUUAGUGGUGUAUGAGAACUUCUGUGGAAGGGAUGAGACUAGAAAUUUCAGAAGGGAAAAUACAGACAGAAUGCAUUUUAGUAUUCUUGAUCAGUGGACUUCAUUUUUUUCAUUGUUACUAUAUAUUAUAGUCUCUC